CUGCGUGUUACAGAACGAGCGAACGACCGACUUGACAGAUGAUGUGGCCUAACGUCUAGCGAAUUUUUUAAGAAAUAUUAAUAUAGAUUUAUUAGAAUGCGAAAAUGAUUGUGUUUAAACUUAUUUUAUUUACGUUAUUUAUCUCAGUGGCACAAUGCAGGAUUCCGGACAAAGUGUAUUGUGCUAAUAAAGAAUGCGAUGGACCUAUAUCUAAAGCCAAAACUCUACUGAGUUACACUAGUGUUGACCCGGACCUUAUGUCUUUUCGGGCAAACAGCGAAGCAAUAAUUUACAUGAAAUCAGCUGGUAGCAAUGCAGACUUAUGGUAUGCGACUAUUAACGGAAAAUCUGGCUUAGUUAACACUAUGUUUUUAAGAGAAUAUAAAGUUAUAGAAAAGAAACCUCAAUUUAUUGUUCCAUAUGAAAGAAAUAGUCAGGAAGAUAGUGUGGUACCUGAUAAGGUACAAAAACCGCAUGAAGUGUUCGAGGGAACCACUAUUUACACCACCGAAGCUGCUGUAAGUGAGGAACAGCAGGAUACUUCAACUGAGUCCUCACCAACUGUGAGUAAUGACAAACUUACUCCUGAACUUGAAACUGUAGCAGAAUCUGAAAACCAAAAUGAUAUUAAUAAUGCUCCAAAUGAACCUAGUCAAGAAACUUAUGAAGUAGAAGAGACAGUUGAUGAAUAUCCAGAAGAACAAGAAAACACUGAGCCAGUGGAAGCUGAGUCUCAAGAAAUAAAUAUUGAUGGAGAAACAUCAGCUGAAACUAUAUUUGACACCAAUAAUGAGGCAGCCAUAAACAACUCUCAGGGUGAAACUCCUGUUGAAGAUCAACCAAGUAACCAAGUGCUUCAUAAUGAAUUGCCUCCUGAAGCACUGCCCCCACCACAAAUGCUAACUAUGGGCAGUGAAUCUGUCUUAAAAGCCCCUGAACAGCAAGAGUUUGUACCAAACACCCUAAGUGAGACUGAGCAAGGUGACAGUCAAGAACAAAAUAUAUCAUCACCCAAUAGUUAUUCAGAUUCUGAUAAAGUGCAAGUUGCUGAAGAAACAGCUAGUGAGGUAGAUAGUGAGAAUGGUAAUACUAUCGAUGCAAAAGUUGAAAAUCCAAUUAAUGAACAUAGUGAAAGCCCUAUAAAUGAGCCUGAAGAUAGCCCCACAAGUGAAUCUACUGUAAUCCCCACAACUGAGCCAACUGUUAGCACUACAUUAGAACCUGAGAUCAAUCAAAAUUAUGAGCCACAGCAAGUAAUACCACCUAUUUACAACUAUAAUACUGGCAAUCAAGGUGAGAAUAUUCCACCAAUUGUAAAUAUUGAAGAAUCAAGUCACCCUGCACCUGACUCAGAGAAGCCUAUGUCUGCCCCACCAUUAGAAUCAUUGCCAACGAGUCUACCAUUAGUAGCAGAAACUAUUCCCCCUACAACAGAAACAAUUCCUCCUUUAUAUCCUGAAGUCGCUCAACCCCUACCUACACAAGAAACCAUCCCUCCAAUCAUGAAUUAUGAAGCACCACCUACCACUGAAAUUAGUCCACCAGAGCUAGCUUCAUACCCAUACAUCACAACGCCAUCUAGUGAACCUGCUUCUGAACUGUAUGCACAAGAAACUACACCAGUCCCUGAUACUGAUACUUCUACUGUGAAUGUUGAAGAUCUCAUAGCUUCUUUGCCUGAUGCCCCACCAGAAAUCAGUAGUACUACAACGGAAGCACCACCUCAAGAAGAGAAUACGGAAGGUUUCUUCUCGAAUAUGUAUUCUACUGUGGCAGACAUCUUCCCAUCAUCAACUGAAACACCAGAACCUCUAUACAAUACCGAGUUUCCAACACAUGAAAGUGAAAAAGCUGAUGGCAAUGAAGGAUUCUCUUUUCUUAAAUAUUUCAUGUCUACUUAUUAUUCUGUUUUUGGGACGAGUGAAGAAACAAAAGCAUUGUUUGCGUCUGUUGGGGAAACGUGUUAUUCAGAUGAAUAUUGUGAUGGAACCUCAAAUGACGGUAGUAACAGACUUCUAACAUUCCUGUUGACAACAGCAAGUUCCGUGCUUUUAUUCACAUUAGGAUACUACUACAUAGACAACAGACGUCAGGAUGGUCGUCUUAUUGGCACCAUCAACUCAUUACAACGUGAUUUACUAUUCACCACAAAGGAGUGUGAGAUCCUUAAAGAGGAACUUUUGACUACUAAGAACAAGUUAGCCGGUAUCGAAGACAGCUCAUUCGGUAUGGACGAUAUGGUUCAGUCACUGAAAGAAGAGAUCAAUGAGUUGAAAGCUACGAACGAUAGGCUACGGAAUUCUUUAGACGAUAAUGAAAAGUUGCUUAGAGUAUCGGAGAAUACUGCAGGGGAGCUGCAGAACACUUUAGGUGAAGUAGAAAAUACUCUCAGUGAGCUCUUGGCUGAGAGAGCUAAUUCUGAAGAGCAAAUUGUUGAAUUGAAUGGUAAAAUUCAAGCAUUCGAAGAAGAAUUAAUAACAGUUAGCCGCGAGCGAGAUAACUUCCAACUUAAGUAUGUGUCUGCUGAAUCGGCUCUAGAAGAGUUCAAGAAGCAAAAGAAACAGUUAGAGGAUGUCAAUCAGCAGCUGGCAGAGGCUAAAAACACCAUUGAGCUGCAGAAACAUGAAAUUGAAGCACUCAAAGAUGCUAUCAAAGAGUUAAAGAAUGGAAUGUCAUCAGAUGUGGACGUAACAUCUUUCAUAGACCACACGGAAAUCAAAGCUAAACUUUCCAAAGCUUUGCAAGAGAAAAAUACAUUUGAAUCUAAGUUUGAGACGGAAUAUAAAGAGAGAACCCGUCUCGCAGAAGAACUGAAGACUACUCAAGAAACAUUAACUACUACAAGUCAAAGUGCGACAGAAGCACUCACUAGGCUAGAGGUCUUAGGCAAAUACUUUCAAGAAAGGGAGAAUGAACUUUUAAAGGAACUUAGCACCAAAGAGUCGUUGUGGCUGAGCAAGCAAGGAGAAUCAGCUAGUACAGUAGAAAAAAUGGAAUUACUUCAGCAAGAAAUUCAAAGAUAUAAGGAGAAGUGCGACGCUCUAACCCUGGAGCUGGCGGAGCAGGAGUCGUCCCGGCGCAGCGCGCUGAGCGAGGUGGAGGCGCGCGCGCACGCCGCGUGGCUGGAGGCGCGCGCCGCCCGCCGCGACGCCGACGCCGCGCGGGGCGACGCCGCCGCGCUGCGCCGCAAGCUGGCCGCGCUCUCCGCGCUCUCCGCCGCCGACGGCGCCGUGUCGCCGCAUCACAAAGUGGUGUCCCCGCUGGAGACGGCGGAGUCCCCGUCGCUGCCGCCGCCGCUGCCGCCGAUGUUCCUGCCGCCGCCGCUGCUGCCGCCGCUGCCGCGCCCGCCGCCGCUCGGCCGCCUGCCCUCGCCGCACCCGCCCAGAUAUGGCGACCGGCGCUACUCGCCCGACAGCCGGUAUUCGCCGGGCAGUAGGUAUUCACCUGACAGCCGGUAUUCACCGGAGACGGUGCGGUAUUCGCCCGACAGCCGAUACUCGCCGCGCUCAAGGCGGUCGCCAUACUCGCCCAGGUCUAGGAGACGAUCGAGAUCGAGGGAAAGCCGUCCUCUACGGUCGCGGAACGGGCCAGCGCCGGCCGACACCGAAACUGAAUACAACUCAGACAGCCCGUCGCGAGAACCGCGCAGGCGAGGCAGAUACUCAAGACAUUCAGGUCCUAGCUCUGGUUCGGGAUGCUCAUCGGAAUCGGAUAAAUGAAGUGGUCUCAAAUGUUUCCAUAGGUUACUAAACCAAGAUCUAAUGUUGAAACGAUGCCAAAAUUGGUCGGUGGUUCAUGAACUUAUGAAUUGUGAAAGCAAACAUUUUAUAUUAUAUGACGUGCGUUAAAAUCUACAGCUUAAGGGUAGACAUGUGGUGGUUUUAUUCGGUUUAUAUUCCUAUUUCUUACUGAACCAUUAAAUGCGAGAUGAAAGCUGAUUGAGAGUAUGCAUAGAGGUAUAGUAAAGAUUGCAAUCUAAAGUAACAUUCUUCCAAACUGUAGUUACCUUGUAAGAAGCUCUCCUAGUUUAUUUAUAGCAGCUGUGAGUCAUUAUUAUUAUGUCUGCAUAUUGGAACUCUUUCGUUAAAACUCGUUAUCGUAUAAUGCAUCGUGUUAUAAACCUUUUUGCUUAUAAACUCUUGGAUGAGUCUUUACAAGAUAAUCAAUUGAUUUCUUUCGUUCUUCCUAGAGUAGGGUAAAAUGCCAAGUGUUUAUGGGGCAAUGGGUUUACGUUCAAUGAACAUAUUACUUAAAUGGGAACAGUGAAUCUUACUCAACCCUCCUACCAAAGUGACAUUUUACAACGUUUACAAGCAUUUGUAGAAUGCGUUUAAAUAUAUCGAAAUGACGGGAAAAAGUUAAGUAACUUAGCAAGACGAAUGUUAUUCGAUCCAUACAUAUUUGAGUGUUUUCUAUGAACGAUAACGGUUGUAGAAAUCUGAUUUGGUAGGGGGCAACUCUUAUGAUUGUCUUAGUAUAAAAACGUCUUAUACUAGCCACUUUAAACACCGAAAGACUGCUUUACUGAAUUGAUUAGUCAAUUUAUAUUUUAAUUUGUGAUCGCGUAAAUACCGAUAAAUUACAAAAAAACCUUGGUGGCCUUAUAUAGGUCUUACUGCAGUCGUGGUAUUUAAUGUAAAUAAAACAUUUAUAUCAAAAUAAACCCUACAGAGUUUCUCGCUGGUUAACACUAUCGGACAAUAAAAAACCAGCUCGCAAAAUUCUCUUUAAAAACGGUUGUAAUUAAAAUAAUACAUGUGACUUCCGUUUAUCUCGUUGUAUUAUUUUCUUUCUUGAUUUUGAAUCUGGUGCUGCUACUUUUUAUUUGUCAGUUAAUUUAGUGAGCAAGCCAUUUCAUUUUGCAUUUAAUAAAACAGUUCGACCAAAGGGUUUCAUUAAUCUUUCUGUUUUUGUACCUGAUUUUCUAUUUCUGCUGUGUUUAUUUAUGUCUUCAACUGUCUUGUAAACUCUAACACGAUUUUAAAAGUCGCAGAUAUAUUAGAUAAAUAGAUAGUACUUACAUUUCUGAUUUCACACUUAUGCCUUUUACCGUUAACUAAUAAUAAUUGCCACCACGCGAGUUAGCAAUAAAAUAGUAUUGUAUUAUCAAUAAAUAUCCGUCAUAAGAA